AUGAAGUCUCUCCUGUGCCUGUGUUUACUCCUUGCUGUUCUUUGUGCCAUAACCCAUUGCCACCAUGAAGACAUUUGCCAUGAAGCCACUAAUACCAAUUUGCACGAUGGAACAGAAAAUUUAUUAACACAUAACUGUGAGAAGAAAGGCUCUAACUAUGCAGAUUUUGUAUUUAGAUUUUAUAAGCAGGCUGUAUCAAAAGAAGCUGAUAAAAAUGUUUUCUUUUCUCCCAUGAGCAUCUCCACUGCAUUUGCUGUCCUGGCUGUUGGUGCUAAGUCAACUACCCUGUCUCAGAUUUUUGAAGGACUGGGCUUUGACAACCUGACUGAGACUCGCAUACAUGAUAUACAUGAAAGUUUUCAUAAAAUUUUAGCAGUACUGAACUGCACUGAUGUUAACAUCACAUUAAACAUAGGGAAUGCCCUUUUUACAGCUAUUGGGUAUGAACCACAGGAGACAUUUUUACAAAAUACAAGACAAUUUUAUGAUGCAGAUUUUUUUUCUAAUGAUUUCCAUAAACCAGAAGAAGCUAAGAAGCAAAUCAAUAAAUACAUAGAGGAGAAAACCAAGGGAAAAAUUCCUGAAUUAAUCAGUCAUCUUGAUUCAAGAACUAUACUGGUUCUUGUUAACUACAUUUAUUUUAAAGCUGCCUGGAAAAAGUCUUUUGAUCCUUUGCAUACACACGAGGAUGUUUUUUUUGUGAACACAAACACAUCUGUCAGAGUCAACAUGAUGCGGCGUGACAGCAUCUAUGAGAGUUACUAUGACGAUGAUCUCUCUUGUGAGGUGAUAGAGCUGCCCUACCAGGGCACUGCACGAGCAUUGUUCAUUCUGCCUGAUGAUGGAAAGAUGAAGCAAGUGGAAGAUGCCCUCUCCAAGGAAACUGUUUGCAAAUGGGAAAACAAACUUGAGUCCAGGAUGUUGGACCUGCAGUUACCAAAGCUUUCUAUCAGUGCAUCUUAUGAUGUUAAAAACCUGUUCAUAGAAAUGGGCAUUACUGAAUUAUUCUCUAGCAAUGCAGAUCUGUCUGGAAUUAGUGGCAGCCGUGAUCUUCAGGUUUCAGAAGCAAUUCACAAGGCCCUGCUGGAAGUUGAUGAGGCUGGAACUGAGGCUGCAGGAGCCACAGCCAUAAUCAUUAACAGAGCUCACCAUCCUGUUACCAUCAAAUUCAACAGGCCCUUCCUUAUACUGAUUUAUGACAAAGAAACCAGCACCACACUUUUCAUGGGGAAAAUUGUUGAUCCUACUAAGAAGUAA